AGUCGUUUUAUGUAAAAAAAAAUAUAUUCCCCAACGUGAAAUUUUUUUAUUUAAAUUGAAUAUAUGGCAACCACAACUGAAACUUAUAAUGACGAUGAAUUGACACCGCCAGAAUUUUUAACUAUUGAAUUUCUGACAGAGGUGAUCAAACAUUGUGAAGCUGAUGAGAAUAUAGUAGUGACAGACUUGAAACUUACACCAGGUACAGCCAAAGGUGAUCACUAUGCAAGUGUUAUGUUUAGAGCUGUGAUAGAAUAUAAGCAGAAGGGAGAGACGAAAAAAAAGUCAAUGAUUAUUAAAACAACGCCCGAUGCCGACGGCGUUAAAAAAGAUAUGUUAGAACAAACAACUGUCUUUGAAGUGGAAAUUGGCAUGUACACUAAAGUUUUGGAUAAAUUUGAGGAGAUACUGCGAAGUAUUGGAGAUGAUACAGUAUUAAAAGCAAAAUGUUUGUAUCAUAGCUUGAGCCCCAAAAAAGUAAUCAUUUUUGAAGAUCUUGUAACUUUGGGUUACGAAGUAGUGCGAAAACGCCCUCUUGAUAUUAAUGAAUUAAAAGCAGUUUAUUCAAAGUUAGCAAAAUGGCAUGCGCUGAGUUGUAAAAUUGGAUUCGAGGUAUGA